CUUGUACCGUCCCCGACACUUCUGUUUUCUCACCCACACAGAGAUACUAAAAGAUGGUUUCUAAUUUCAACUGUAGUUCCCUUUUUCACAUCUAGAGCUCAUGUUAGCGUUUCAUGACAUGACUGCUGAAUAGCUCACCAAAAGUCAUUCUGAAGACACCGAUUUCUUUCAAAAACAACUCUGAACAGACAGACAGACAGACAGUAGCUUCAUCAGCAUAUCACACCACCCAAACCUCAGAGGACUAUGGACAUAGACACACAGAUGAUGUUAAUGGGUCUGCUUUUGGCAGCCUUCGUCAGCCCUGUGAUUGCUGGAGAAUGGAGGGCCAGUGUUGUGAGAAGCCUUGAUGCUCUGGUUUCAUCCUGUGUUGUGAUUCCCUGUUCGUUCACCCAUCCUGAAGGAAACCUGCCUACCUCCAGACUCAGAGGGAUCUGGCAUAUUUCAAACCAAAGAGAUCAGUGCAUCUAUCACGAGGAUAACACGCUAGUUUUAGACAAUUUUAAGGGACGCACAAAGUUGUUGGGACAUCUGGGUCAGAGCAACUGCACCUUAGAAAUAAUUGAAAUCAAAGAUCAUGACAGCGGCCCUUUCUGUUUCCGGAUUGAACUUAGACCAAAAGAGACUGGUACACUGGAGAAGUUCUCUUUUGUCGAGCAAUGUGUCGAUCUGAAAAUGCUCCCUGAUCCUCCAAAACUCAAACUGACUCACCUAAAACCUGCCGUUCAAGGACACCCCUUCGUUCUCACCUGUACAGUCCUUCAUACCUGCCCCUCUCGGGCCCCUAAACUCACAUGGAGCAGGGGCACUGCAGAUGGAAUCGCUGAGGUCAACAGAGAAAUCCAUGCAGGAAACUGGGAGAUGCAGUCCAUCCUAACGUUCAUUCCUGAAGACGAGGAUGAUCACAGUGAUGUCACCUGCACAUCCACUUUUAAUGGAGGCAGAACAUCAUCUGAAACACUGACACUCUAUGUAAAACGAAGAGAAAACUAUAACCACAUCAUCAUUCCCACAGUGGUAGGGAUUGGUACAGCUGUGAUCUUUGCAUUCUUUUGUCUUUUCAUGGUGAAAAAAUAUAAGGCUCGCAUUGCAGAACUUCAAAGUCAGGAUGGCAACGUUUGGAACCGGCUGUCCAGGCUGUCACACAGGAUACGUUCCAAUGGCCCAGGACCAUCUCAAUCCGAACAAAGAAGGUCAAUGUGGAGCAGAUUUUCGAGGAGGAGGCCUCAAGUGGACAUGGUGAAUCAGAUGCCAGGUGAUGUGAAUUCAAAAUCCUCCUGCUCCAACCAAAAAGUCUCUAAGCCUCGUUUCCCGUCCCCCAAAAGCCAGCGGAAAUCGUGCAAUGACAAGGGCUUUGACGAUGGUGACGAUUACAUGAACACUGAAGAUCUCAACGUCUAUGGAAACCUGUGAAAUAUAGCCCCCUAAGAAUGAUCAAAAACACACAAACAAUUCUCAUCAUGCUCAUAAUCACGCUUUUUAAGAUGGCUGUUUUAUUAUGCAUGGUCAUCAAUGUUGAAUACUGUCACUGAUGAUUUUAUUGUUUUAAUUGGAAUUUAUUGGUCUGUAUUUUGUAUAAUUUCUGUACAAUUUCAUUUUUGAAUGCUGUAAUGAUUCAUGAUGCCUUCUGCCUCCUGUAAAUAUGCCACUUAGGUUAGCUAGUGUUUGGUAAGACUUGCUAUCAUCGCAGGUCGUGGCACACACUGUGCCAUACUGAGAAUCAGUUAGGAAAAAUCAAAGCCAAAGGCAAAAAAUGAAGCCAACAAGUAUGAACAAGAAUUUAAUUGAAUAAAGUCCUUUUUGGAAUAAAA